UUUAUUAUUUUCCGUGUGGGUGCAGAAUCGAAUAAAAGUUCGAUCAGAAAGAAUUUCAUUUUUGUGCUUUCUAAUUUCGUCGGUUGGUUUCCAUUUCGUGGUCGGUUGAUCGCUCAUGAUCUCAGCUUUCCGUCAGCUAUUCCGAAAUAUGCCUUUCUAUGCCGUUGCCAAAGGUAGAACGGUUGGUGUUUUCCUAACAUGGCCCGAAUGCCAACGACAGGUAAAUGGAUUUCAUGGUGCAAAGUUUAAGAAAUUUGCUACCAGACAGCAGGCCGAGGGUUUUAUACGAACUCAUAAUGGGGAUUCGGAAGACGGAAGUAGCAGCAGCAGUUUAACUUCCGCAUCCUCUGACAGUGCCAGCAACUCAUCGGUUGAUUCACAGGACUCACAUCCCUCGAUUCCGCCCGUAGAUUCCGUUAGGGUGUUGAUUGACAAUUACGACGAAAUAAAUGCAGCAUGCUCCAGAAUUGAAAGUUUAAAGCGGGAACUAGACGAGCUACGAGGAUCUUCGGUAGCGGCUGGUACAAGCAAUAGCGGCCCUAGACCGGCGAAAAGAUUAAAGGGGGAAAGUCUUCCAAAACCAGUCACCAAAAUGCAGAAAUACGGUAGGUACAGCUUCCUGGAGGACGAUGAAGGAUACGUUCAUGUCUAUACAGACGGUUCAUGUGAGGGAAACGGAACGGCAGCAGCUUGUGCCGGUUUGGGAGUUUACUUCGGCGAAGGACAUGCUCUAAACGUUUCAAAACCGGUUAGCGGGAGACCAACCAAUAAUUGUGGUGAAAUUCAAGCCGCGUCGCUUGCAGUUCGUUUGGCCAAAGAAAACGGUGUUAAAAGACUGAUGAUCAAUACCGAUUCCAAAUUUCUGAUCGAUUCCAUCACCAAAUGGGUCAAAGGCUGGAAGAGGAACAACUGGAAACUGGCCACGGGAAAGCCGGUGAAAAAUGAGAUUGACUUCAAGGAACUAGACCGGGAGCUGGCAGACAAUAAGAUAGAGGUUAAGUGGAACCACGUCGACGCACAUUGUGGCAUUCUAGGAAACGAGAGGGCCGAUGCUUUGGCACGGGAAGGCUCCGCGAUGUAUCGUGAACAGAAAAACUCUCGUCGAUAGUAAGUUUUUAAAUUCAAAUUAACAGUGGUAUGUGAUUUGUUAAUGUGUUGACAAAACAUUCUUUACUAAGCCUUAGUUUUAAUAUACUUUUCUGAUAACUCACUAAA